CAUGAAGAGGAACUCAGACAGCUCUUACCACAUGAUACAAGAGCCGGCUGGUGAGAGAGAAGGGACCAGAAAGAGAAUUUGCUGAAGAGGAGAAGGAAAAAAAAAAAUCCAAAAAAACCUGUGCGUGAGGGGGGAGGAAAAGCAGGGCCUUUUUAAAAAAAGGCAAUCACAACAACUUUUCCUGCCAGGAUGCCCUUGCUUUGGCUGAGAGGAUUUCUGUGGGCAAGUUGCUGGAUUAUAGUGAGGAGUUCCCCCACCCCAGGAUCCGAGGGGCACAGCGCAGCCCCCGACUGUCCGUCCUGUGCGCUGGCCACCCUCCCAAAGGAUGUACCCAACUCUCAGCCAGAGAUGGUGGAGGCCGUAAAGAAGCACAUUUUAAACAUGCUGCAUUUGAAGAAGAGACCCGAUGUCACCCAGCCGGUGCCCAAGGCGGCGCUUCUGAACGCGAUCAGAAAGCUUCAUGUGGGCAAAGUGGGGGAGAACGGGUAUGUGGAGAUUGAGGAUGACAUUGGAAGGAGGGCAGAAAUGAAUGAACUUAUGGAGCAGACUUCGGAGAUCAUCACGUUUGCGGAAUCAGGCACAGCCAGGAAGACUCUGCACUUUGAGAUUUCCAAGGAAGGCAGCGACCUGUCUGUGGUGGAGCGUGCGGAAAUCUGGCUCUUCCUGAAAGUCCCCAAGGCCAACAGAACCAGGACCAAAGUCACCAUCCGCCUCUUUCAGCAGCAGAAGCACCCACAGGGCAGCUUGGACACGGGGGAUGAGGCCGAGGAAGUAGGCUUAAAGGGGGAGAGGAGUGAACUGUUGCUAUCUGAGAAGGUGGUGGAUGCUCGGAAGAGCACCUGGCACAUCUUUCCUGUCUCCAGCAGCAUCCAGCGAUUGCUGGACCAGGGCAAGAGCUCCCUGGAUGUGCGGAUUGCCUGUGAGCAGUGCCAGGAGAGCGGCGCCAGCCUGGUGCUCCUGGGCAAGAAGAAGAAGAAAGAAGAGGACGGGGAUGGGAAGAAGAAGGAUGGAGGUGAAGGAGCAGCAGAUGAGGAGAAGGAGCAGUCACACAGACCCUUCCUCAUGCUGCAGGCUCGGCAGUCAGAAGACCACCCUCACCGCCGGCGACGGCGGGGCCUGGAGUGUGACGGCAAGGUCAACAUCUGCUGUAAGAAACAGUUCUUUGUCAGCUUCAAGGACAUUGGCUGGAACGACUGGAUCAUCGCUCCCUCGGGCUAUCAUGCCAACUACUGCGAGGGUGAGUGCCCGAGCCACAUAGCAGGCACGUCGGGGUCCUCACUGUCCUUUCACUCGACAGUCAUCAACCACUACCGCAUGCGGGGUCACAGCCCCUUUGCCAACCUCAAGUCGUGCUGUGUGCCCACCAAGCUGAGACCCAUGUCCAUGCUGUACUAUGACGAUGGGCAAAACAUCAUCAAAAAGGACAUUCAGAACAUGAUCGUGGAGGAGUGUGGGUGUUCCUAGAGUCACCCACCCUGGGGGGGGAAGGGAACUAGGGUUGAUCAGAGAAGACAGUGGCAAAAUGAAGAAAAAAAAAAAUUUAAGGUUUCUGAGUUUAACAACCAGAAAAAAUAGAAAUUAAAAA